AUGGCGCCAAGACCAGAAUAUGAACAUUCUGGGGUGCUGUACUCGAGCCCGAGUGAAGACGAGUGUGCCCAACUCGUAAAACCGGGGCAAUUAGACACUUUCAAUCAAAAACGCAACGAAAAACUCCUCGAGCGUUUAAAAACCCUCACCCGAACUCUUCAACACAACGAAGACGCCCAUGCCACCGCAGGAAGUGAAGGCCACUCUCCACCAAGCAGUUUCAAAAGCAGCUCCAGCUCUGAACAAAGCCGCGGCCGCUCAAGGUACGAACAGCUCACUUUCCGCCCCUCCCAGCGAGGAGAGAAGUCGGCGGAAAAUUCAAGCAAGUUCUUGAAUUCGAGUCAGGGAGAUUCCGAUGAGGCUUACGACGAUGAUUACAGCGAAAGUGGGAUUCUAGAGAUGUUUGAAACGAUCGACAAGAAUUUUGAUCUUAUUCAGGCCCAAGUGCAGCCGAUUGAGACGAAGAGAGCCGAUGUCCAAAAUCCAGCCUUCAGAAAAUCCAAAAGCGCACCGAGAAUUUCCGAGAAGAGUCAAUUAUUGCAAGUUGGAGAUCGAGUUCUUGUCAAGGGAAAAUAUCUAGGCUUUUGCAAGUACAUUGGACCGAUUCUAGAGGACUACCUACCACGUGAUCUCCUUGGCGAAGUCUUCGUCGGAGUCCAACUUGACGAACCUUUGACAAACAACUCUGGAAUCUUCGGAAGUCGACAAUAUUUUGAUUGCCCGCACGGAUUUGGACUGAUGGUGACUUCGGAAAAGGUAAGCAAGCUAGAGCAAAUGUAUUCAGACCUCGACGCAGCGAAGCCUCCUUCCGAGCAUAAUUCUGAUCAGACGUCUCUCCACUCGGGGAGUCAAGAUCAGCACUCACUCGGCAGCUCCAUCGAAACUGAGCAAUCUCGGGGCCGUUCAAAAGAAAUGAGCAAUAACGAACGAAAGAAACGUUCAAAAUCAGUGGCCGAUAUUUCGAGGAUGAUGAAGACAACGAACUGGUUCGAAGAUAGACCGGUGAAAGUGUCUACUGGCUGGAAAUCGCUGAAUCGAUCCAAGUCGAUUUCGAACCUGGACCACCGAGCCUUUCUGGCUGAGAGCGAUCCGCGAGAAGUGCUCAAUCAAAUCAAGAAAAUGCAGCCCUCGUUUGGCUAUGGAACUUACCCCGCCCAAGUCUCCGAUCCGUAUCAAUUUGGCUCCGAACCUGGUGUUUUUGGCCUCUCAAGGAGCGUUUCUCAGCAUCAUCAAGGUGAAGAAAGUCCCUUUUCUUGGCAAGCAGACAACAACUUGCUGAGGCAGUCAUUUGCCCGAAUCGUGUCUUCUUCAAGUGCUCCAGCUCAUUCUAAUGGACAGUUUUUCAAUCAAGCCCCGCCACCGCUUUACACCAGGCCAAGUUUUACGGGCUCGUUACCAACUGGUGGAUUCUAUCAUCACGAAGCGUUUUCUUCCGACUCCGAAGCCGGCCUGACGAGAAUGUACUCUGCUCCAAUCAGAAAACCUUCUUUCACUGAUUACCGAGCUUUCCAACAGCAGCAGAAGCUCCAACAACUUCAACAGCAACAACUUCUACAGCAACAAGAACAGCAGAGAGUACAACAACAAAAGGCACUUCAAAGGCAGCAAAUUCAACAACAACAGCAACAACAGCAGCUGCAGCAACAACCACAACAGCAGCUCUGUGCAACCUGUGCUGCUUGCAAAACUUGCGCUCCUCUUAGACCAGCUUUUCAUAAUAUCAAUGUUUUCGACCCUCUCGGACUGAGUUUCAAUUCGUAUCAACCACCAGCAAGUCAGCCAACUCGACAGGCUUUUACUCCGCCGUCGAUUCCAGCUCCAGUUCCACCAACGAGUUCUAGCUCUCAAACCCUCCCAAGAACUAUUUCUCAAGCUCAAUCAAUGCCCCCUUCAGUUUUGAAAAAAUCCUCGACGCUACCGCCCGUUUCCAGCAAAGAAAAGCUUCUUCAGGAAUUCGACAGAAGAAGGCAGCAGCAUUUUGAUACAAUGUCGAUGACCUCAACCCAGAGCGCCUCUAUCGAGUACGAAAAAUGGAAACAGCGUCACGGAAUUACGACUGGCCGACAGAUGAAAAAAGGCCUGAGCAAACUUCAAACUGCCUUCAAUUAUUAG